AAGGUCGGUUGAUGGACCGCAUGCUGCUCACGCUUUCAAUUUGAAAAAAACAAAAAAAAAAAAAACAGAUUCGACUGUGUUCUCCUCUCCUCAUCAGUUUUACAUGCGAACAGCAGAUGAUCAUUUCAAGAACGUAAAUGUUGGACUCAGAAAAAAACAGUUAAAAGAAACUUUUUGUGUUUCUGAUUUCUUCAUCGUAAAUGUUAACUCCAAGUGCACCAUCGUCGACAAGAUGAUGACGGCCAGCAAUUGCGACGACAGUGCGAUGCGUUCGUGGAAGGAUUUGGUGAAAGUGAAUGGCAGUUUCUACUGCAAUCUGUCGUUGAAAAAUGCCGAACCCGAGCUGGAGUGUUUACCGUUAACGAAGACGUUGGACGCAACGGAACACAGUGCCUUUCAUCAUCCUUCAGACUGGCUGACUAAGAAUGAACCCAUUUACGUAAACAGCCAUCCGGAUGCUUCUGUGCGUCUAUCCAACGGGACCAAUCGAACCAUUUUGCGCAUCGGUGACGAAAUGCUCCGUCAGCCGGUUGAGCUGAUUGAUGCCGAAUCGAAGGAGCUCGGCCCUCCAUCAACGCCGCCUUGUCACACCAUCAAAUUGGUCAUUGGCGAACCGUUGAGUUUGGACACGUCCGAAUACGUUUCUUGGGACGGGAGCCAAAUCGGAGCUCAAUCAGCUGCUAGCGGUGAAGGUGAUGAUGAUAUUGGCCAAAAUGAAGACGAUGAUGAUGAUGAUGAUAGCGGCUCGGAUCAAAUUCAUUUACAAGUCGAUGGAUUGCCACCGUUAUCGCCAGCUUCCCUUCGACGACAAUCGAUCGUCGACGACGAACUGACCCAUUCGUGUUGCCGUUUCUUUGAUCAACGUCAACAGAAACUCUCCUCUUUUGUCUCGACGACCUGGAAUCCUACGAGCACGUCAACGCCGGAAGCGGCCAAUUUGGCUGCUGAUUCAGCUGCCAAAUCGCCGAUCCCCGGGCUCAACGCCAAGAUGGAGCACCUGCGCAGGGAAAUCGUGUCUUUGGUGAACCAAGACGACGCUCUGUUCCGACAACUGCUGGCGCUCAACACGUCCAUCCACCAGCUCCGCAGCCAGUCGCUCCAGCGGCGGGCCCGGACGUUAUCGAGCAAUCGUUCACAGCGCGGUCAACUCUCACCGAUGCUAAGUGCCUCUUUGACCUCUCUGAUUUCUCUGACGUCAUUGUCAGAUGGAGAGGAUGUCGAAGUCGAAGGCGAUGACAGCGAUCCGGAUCCCAAAAAUGCAAAGGCAGUUGGGUCAUCUUCACCCGACCGCCAAAUCUGCCAGAUAACAGUUACCACACCCAAACCGAUUGCUCCGCAGCAGCUGACGCUUACACGAAAAAGAGUUUCUUACCCGCCCAAAUCGCGAAAUCGGAGCAACUCGCAGCUCUCCCGCUGCUCUUUCAACUCGUCAUCGUCAUCGUCCUCUUCUUCUUCGACGUCUUCGGGAUCGCCGACCUGGUCUUUGUCCAGCGCCGAUGCCAAAGCCAUUGUCAAAGGUGUCAAGACACCCCGUUCGCCGCAUUCGAGCUUCUAUUCGCGCUCUUCGACUAAACACCCACAGCUGUCGACUAAACAGCGGUCGACUAGCAAGCACGACGACCUCCUAAUGGUGUUCCACAAGCGCCAGGGCUCGUACGAUUCAGGUUGCCAAGGCUCGGAGCCUUCGGAUGCAGAAGUCUUUGUCUGACCCUCGAUAAAACGACGACACGUCAUUGUUGCAUAAAUUGUCGUCGUUUCUUUUCGCCCCACAUAUCCCCAUUUCGUGAUUAUUACAACGCUUUCUAUGCGCAAUCAGUAACCAGCAGGAAGAAAAGAAGUGAGAAAGAGGCUGAAAAAAGAAAACGGAAUAAAAUAGACAAUUUUGGCGUCACUCGGUGGAAUAAAAAGUGCCGUUUUUCAUAACACUUGUGUCAGAGAAGAUUGAGAUGGAAUAAGCCGUAUGCCCCAUCUGGUGUCGAUGCUAGCGCGUCCCAGUUGCGAAGAUGCUUGGAAGCCAAAACGGGCCAGCCACCCACAGAUGGACCUUCACUCUGCGAAUUCUGUGUGUAGGUGUUUUCAUUAAAAGAAAGGCACGUCAGAAGCCGCACCUUCAUGGCUCCUCUCAUUUCUAAAAGACUUAACCCAAAUUGUUAAUUCAACUUGACGAAAUAUCACAGCAGGCACCGUCGCCUUCGCUGCACUUUUUAGCUGACAUGCUCUCCCCGUCUGGCCGACUAGCAUUGAUUGGACAUCAUCUCUUUUCUCUUCUAUUUUUAUGUGUUACUUUCAACUCUCCUCAAAUUUUUAUUUUUUUUCCGCUAUUAUUCCCGAGUCAAAACUGUACAGUUAUACUGCCGGUUGGAAAUUGGUUACAUCGUGCGCCAAGCCAGCUGCACAGAGUGAAACGUAUCAGUUGAUGAAAUGAGGCAAAAUCUAGAGAUGUAGGUCAUACUUCAGUGCAGCAAUUAGGCAGAGACCGUGAACGAAACAUUUUAAACGAGGUCUUUCGUUUUAAAAAGAGAAAAUUCAUUUUUAGUUCGCUAAAAAGUAAAAAAUUUUAAAAAUGUCUGCUGUAUACUUGGUCCCCCCGGCUCGACUUGAUGAAUAGCAUCAAAUGAGUUGAAUUUGAUUUGUUCCUGUACAUUACGCGUGUCGAAUUUCACAUGAUUUCCUUUGUUUCUGCUGUGUGCGACCAACUUCCAAGUUCAUUCGACAAGAGCUUUAGAACAUUGCGAAAAAUAAGUUUUUAUAAUAUGCGCGAUGCAAUCAACAACCGGACAUAGUAGGGGAACGAGUUUUCCUUUAGUAUUUCAACAUCCAUCUGUAAACGCGAUCGGUUGGUAUAAGCUCAUUAUUUUUAUUUUUUUUCUGUUGCUCUUUCGCUUGCUCCCGGCACUUACUCCCACAGAAAGUUCUCUUUCUUUACGAAAAGCAUUGGCCGUGCGAUAACAAUCAAGAAGGCAAAGGCGUCGUCGAUUAAGGGUGCAAGAAGAUCGUCGGUGAGGUGACCUGUACAAAGCGUAAAUUAUGGUCGCGAAACCCAGUUCUUCACAACAACAAAAAAAACAA